UUUGACAUCAAAAUUGAAAGAAGCGCCAUCAGGGUUUUCAAUAGAUUUUUAUGAAUUUCGCCUGAAUUUUAGCGUUUACACUUAAUUUAUGCAAUAGGAAAUGUAGCUCAAUAUGUUUUAUGUGAUUUGUUUUAAGAAAACGAGAAGUGAAGUGCGUGAUUUUACUAUAAAUCAGUUUAGUAUUGAAGUGCAAUUUGUUUUUAACCGUGGCGACUUUUGCUUACAUUUGACAAUUUAAAAUGGCGGCCUCUUUUGAACUACAAAUUGUUUUUGACUUUUGGAGAUUUCUUUGAGUUAUUUAUGUGGAUUGAAUUAUUUUUUUGUAAUUGUGAAGUUCAGUGAUUUAAUCCAUACCAUGGAACAUAAUUUGGAAGAUUCUUUAAAUCUGGAAGGUGACAUAGGUGGUAUGGAUUUUGACCAUUCUGAGGAUGCUGCUGAAAUUACUUUGGAGUCCAGCAAUCAUGGAGGUGACAUUCCAAUGGAGUUUGAAACGAUGGAAGAUAAGCAAGCCAUGCUCAUGGACACUGGGAGUGAAGAAGUCAUUGAUUUCAUGGGAGAUCAACUAACUUUACAAGAGUAUUCUAUUGGUGAUGACCAAACCUCUGAAAUAACUACCACAGAAGAAUUAAAUAUACAAAAUAUACUACAGACACAAUCAGACACAAUGGUGGAUUUGCAGUUUGAACCCAAGACCGUGACACCCAUCAGUGUGCGGCAGGAGACAGCGACGCAGCCAAAAUAUAUUGCAGUCAAGGUCGCUAUACCGAAUUCUGCGAAUAAAAGAGGAGAGCCUGCGGUGAUUAGUACAGUAUCUCGCCAAGUGGCCAUCGCACCAAAGCCUCCCAAAUUUGUCCAGACUGUGGCCCGUGGAGUGUUCCCAGGAGGCAAGCAGUAUGCCAUCGCUCCUAAACCUGUGGCAUUGAUCACCAACAAGACUGCUAUAAGCAAGGGAUUGAGUGGAAUAAUGCCCACUACAAAUAAAGGACAACAAGUUUUAGCACAAGUUGGGAAGCAGUUGAUAAUGGUGCCAAGUGGCUCACAGAAGAUAAAACUAGUACCUGCUAGCCAAGCAGUACAGUUUGUGAGAGGUGACCCGGACCAGGCCCAUCUAACACCCAAUAAAGUUGUUACAACCACAUCACAAGGUGCAAAGACUGUUAUGGCCAAAGUUGUUGUGCAAGGAGCAAACCAGCCAGCCGUUAUAACCAAACUGAUGCCCGGCAGUAGCUCGACGACGCCUCAAACACGAUAUGUGAUGCAGCAGAAGACUGUACCCAUUUCCAUUGGGAAUAAUAAGUUCCGGUUGUCAUCGCCUACGAAGCAGGGCAAAAAACAAGUUAUCACUCUUAAAUCUGCUCCCGGUCUCACUCCAAUACAACCAGUGACGACAACCAAGAAGGUGGUGAUCACAGCGAACCCUGCCAAGCAGAAAGUUAUUGUGAAGGCGGCUCCUCAGUCUGUCGCUACUGCUCAGCUAAACGAAGGCAAAUUCGUUUUACAAUCUGGUCAGCGAACACAACUACAUAAAAUUGACGUGCCUGGAAAAGGAAUUCAACUUAUACGGCUCGUCACAAAUCCGAAAAAAUCCAAUCAAGCACCUGCUCUGAACAUUUCUUCAAAAAAUUUGAUUUCUCUGACUGAAAAAGCGAUGGCGCAGAAGCCGCAGCAGAAAUUCGUGCGCAUCGCGCCCGCUCCGGUCGCCUCCAAAUCCUCCGCUUCGCAACCGUUGGUCCGGUCGGGCCAGAGUCUGCUGACGCCGAUGUCUGCGGCCGAGCCCGCCAGCGCGGAGCUCACCUGCAAGCUGGAGCCCCGCUACGAGGACGAGGAGGAGCCGCAGCAAACUGAACUCGCGGUGCGGGAGGAGUCCAAGUCAGCGCUGGCGGCGCUCAUCGCGGACGCGGUGGCCGACGACCACCCCGCGGUCGAGAUCGAGUAUGGCGAACAACCGAGUCCGAACCAAGAUGAGAGCACGAACAGCAUGGACCAGACGGAGUCCAGCUUCCGGUCGGACGAGCAUCCGCUAAUUGUGAUACCCGCCAGCUACUUGAAGCAAAACGACUCCAGAGAUAACAAGGACGAACAAAGAAGAAUAGAUAUAAGGUUCGAUGCGGACGAGUACAAUUCAUUCCAGUCGCCCACUACGCCGCCGCCCGCUUCGGAGCCAGAUUCGGCGGAGCUGGCGAUGCGGCCGCGCAAAGCGUGCAACUGCACCAAGUCGCAGUGUCUGAAGCUGUACUGCGACUGCUUCGCCAACGGCGAGUUCUGCAACCGCUGCAACUGCAACAACUGCCACAACAACCUCGACAACGAGGAGCUGCGGCAGAAGUCCAUCCGCGCCUGUCUGCUCCGGAACCCCAACGCUUUCAGGCCAAAAAUAGGUAAAUCCAAAACGGGCGGACCGGAAAUAAUACGAAGGCAUAAUAAAGGGUGCAACUGUAAAAGAAGUGGAUGUUUGAAGAAUUAUUGUGAAUGUUAUGAGGCGAAGAUAGCGUGUACAGGGAUGUGCAAGUGCGUGGGAUGUCGCAAUGUGGAGGAGGGGCUCGGCCGCGGCCCGCGACGCGACGCUCUGCUGCCGGCUGUACGCGGCCCGCGGCGCGACGCUGCGCUGCAUUCGCUGCAUCCGUCCUCCAGACAACCGUGCAGCUUCAUGACGUCAGAAGUGAUCGAGGCGGUGUGCCAGUGCCUGGUGGCGGCGGCGGACGCAGCGCCGGAGGAGCUCACGAAGGACCCGGUGGCGGACGUCGUGGAGGAGUUCGCGCGCUGUCUACAGGACAUCAUCAGCGCCUCGCUGCAGGCCGCGCCCCCUGUGCCCCCAGCGCCCCCAUCGCCACUCGAGACACAAACAUGAUACUCGGGGUGGAAUUUGGAAUUGUGUGCUCCGUUUCCAAAUGAUCUGUUUUAAAUUGAGUUGUUGUAUGCUUGAAUGAGAAUUGUUACUGUCAACGGAUUUAAAAGCCAAUAUUAGACGAUAAAAUAAGAAAUAGCAACUGUCGAUUAAGAAGCCAUUUCCGAUAUAACAUGUGAUUAUACAUAGUUUAUAUGUAUAAUCACAUGUUAUAUCGUAUGCUAAAAUUGAUUGUACUUUAAAUAGCUCAGAGCAGAGUUUGACUUGCCACUUGAUAAGGCUCGUACAGAUUUCUCUUUUCCUGUACGUAAUGAUAUGGACGGUCCUUCGCUUGUUUGUUUAAAAUAUAUAUAGUUUAAAAUUAUAUGCCCCACAUUCGGACCGUGGCAGCAAAGCUCCGGCGCGUACACAGACGCGUGUGAUCAAGCUCAUAUAGAGGUACAAUGUUUUUAUGUAGCUAUCAGGGCCCACUGCUGAGCAAAAGCCUUUCUGUUUCCGACCACUUCUAUUCCUCGCCAAUUACUAUCCCUAACAAAGGUCAUAUUAUGCACCGAUAUUUUUUUCUGAGGAAUGGUCCUGCUCCGUCUCUGAUACUUGGAGGAUAUACCGUAAGGCCGCUGGUCCUUGCAGCCGUAUACAAACGGCACAUGGGCAUGUACUAUAAGCGGAGUUUUGGAUCUCAGAAUUGCGUAUUGGAGUAUUACGUAUUCUUAUUCAUUCAGUCACCUCAAUAGGCAGUUGCUAUUUAUUAGUGUUAAUUGUAAAUACCUUAUGACAACGGUUUUGCAAUAAAAAUAAAUCCUAUAUGUAAAUAAUAGUUGCUAAAUCAGAUUUUUAUAAAGAAUUAAACUAUUUAUAGCCUUAUCAUAAUUUAAGUGUAAAUAAAAUUGUAGUUUUAAUAUUUUUGCUAGUCAUAAGUAUACCUUUACCAAUGAGGUAAGAAUUGUACAAUAUUAUUCUGCAAAUAAAUGCAAUGAUUAUUUCUAGUAAA